AUGUCAAGAACGCCGCACGGCCCACUUCACGGACGAGAUUAUGUUCCAGGAGUGAGGCAGCGUGGCCGCAUUAACCCCAUUGCGCGUACGGGGUACGACAGAAUAUCAUGCCUCUUGUUCGCGCCCAAGGUCGUGCAAGUCCUGUCUCCAAAAGCCUGUAACAUACAGCUAAAUCGCUUGCAAGUCGUGGUCAUGACCAGCUCACCGAGGCAGAAGACUGCUAGGGACGCACAUUUUCGUUACCCGAGCCCCAUCGGGGCUGUGAAGUUCUCAGAGACAGAGACAACGACAGGUUCCUACGCGGUCUGGGCUGAACCGUUUCUACGGCACCGAGAACAAUUCCCAUCAGGCUCCUCGUACGCCUUGGUGAGACACACUGUACGCACCACUGAGAUGCACUCUGCGCGCCCCGAUGAGUCAUUUGGGUGGGUGAUAGAAUACGCUGUCAGCGAGAUAUGCACCUGCGAUGACAAACCGAAAAUGCACUACUCGAAUGCUGUUUGCAUUGCAGUGUGCAAGGCUGUAUUUCUGGAUAAGACGGAGCGCGCCUGUUCUCAACUGAGACCGACUUCGAACAGGCAGCGGACGUACCAUUUCCAACUGAUCCGCUCGCCGGUAUACCAACCGAAAGCGGUGUCUGUUACGCACUUGAUGCACUUCAGUCUGCUGUCAACGAGGGGCACGGGUGUCCAAAUUGAGUCGACAAGGCUAUCCACCACUCCUGUCAUCGGUUCCAACAAGCAAGAGCUUGGCAAAGGGUACAACCAUGCGCCCUAUGGCCAGGGUAACCCGCAUGAGAGUCCUAAUGGUUGGCGCAAGCAUCUAACGGCGGCCCUACACGCCGAGACGGGCCGAGAGGGCGACCUGAGAGAACAUACAAGUAGUCGCAGACGUCGAUACCUCCUUCGGACCUCCAUAGGCUCCGGAUACUCGUAUCUGACCAGACAAGAUGCGCAUGAAUGUGGCGGAUAG